CCUAAAUCUCUCAAUCUCUCAAACUCUCAAACUUCCAAAUUCCUAAACUCCCAACCUCGCAAACCUCCCAACUCCUUACCUCCCCAAAUAUCACUAUACCCCAACUAAAAAUCCACCUCCCAAAUUUCUAAAAUAAAAAACCCCCUCUAAAAAGAUGCCUAUCAUAACCAAAGAAUCGUCGAAUCACAUAUCCGUUACAAUGGCGUCAGUCCGAGGGCUUGGCGUCCCGUCAAAUUGAUUGACACCAAUCGGUCCGAGCAAACGAGGAUUUGUCUUGGUUCGGUUGAAAGUACCGUUGUUAAGAAAUUGCAUAAUGCUGGUUGCCCGUUUCUAGACGGGUCGUCGAUCAGACCCAUCUCGUCUGAAUUUCUUUGCCGGCGCAGGUCGGUAGCCACAUUGACCAUCGUCUGGUGACCAGAUUCUGAAGAGUACCGUAAGGAUAUUCACGUGUUGGUAAAACAGAGGGGGGUUGUGGCCGGUCAACGCUCCUGCACUCCCUGUGUAAUGUAUAUAAAGCAUCAGCUUCGAACCUUGCUCACGUCAGAUCAACGGUAGACAUGAUCGGGAAGAUUGUUUUCAUACUUUCAGCUUUGGGCCUCGCCACCGCACAGAUACCCAGUCUGGGUUUCUGUCCGGAUUAUGUGCCCAUGGCUAACUUCGACAUGAAUAAGUUCUUGGGUGUCUGGUACGAGGCUGAAAGAUAUUUCCAACUGACAGAAGUGGUAUCGCGUUGUGUCAUGACAAACUAUACAGUAGGUCCUGAUGGCAAAUUCAAAGUCAGCAAUCAAGUCACAAAUAGAUUCACCGGAAUCAAGAGAGUCUUAGAGGGCGAAAUAAAGAAAGCUGCUUCGAAAGCCGAGGAAGGAAAGCUGACCGUCAAAUACACGAUACCACUGACACCUGAAACUAAGUACUCUGUUCUCGAAACGGACUAUGACACUUACGCUGUUUUGUGGAGCUGCUCCGGUAUUGGUCCAUUCCACACGCAAAAUGCCUGGGUCAUGACCAGAGAGAGAUUGGCUCCAGGCACUGUCUUGCAAAAGGCUUACGCUGUGCUGGACAAAUACAAAAUCUCAAAAACCUUCUUCGUAAAAACGGACCAAGAAGACUGCGUCUUCCUAGAAACCCCAGUGAAACCUGUGCCAGCCGCAGCAGCGCCCUCUACCGAAACCAAACCUCAAGAAUCACCAGAGACAAACGAAAAUGUCCGAUCCGCCAUUGUACCCGACGCCCCACAAAUAAUCAUCGACACCCAAAGCGACGAAUCCAGCAAACCUCAAGUUGAAACAGCUCAAAAAAAAUUAGUGAGCGUUCCUGAACGAAUCGUAGAAGUAGCCGAAUCCGCAAAGGAAAAUUUAGAAAAGAAAGAAGAGAAAGAGGCUACAAAGGAGAAGGCGGAUGAAAAGGUCAAAGACGCCGUGAAGACUGCUUGAAACUAGAAAUUUUCAAUUCAUCUCAUUUAUGAAAUUUUUUGUACUCGGGCUCGUAGCGGUUGAAACCAGUCUCGCCCGAGUAUUUCGUUCUCAUUAUUCUUCAUACCUUCGAGAAUUCUCAUUUUCAUGGUUUGUGGGGGUGCUUGU